AUGAUAUGCAAGAGGCUAAAGGCUGCUUCAAACAGACAAAAGUCCUCUACUAACUUUAAACAGCAAGAUAUUGAGUACCAAGUGAGCGAGCAUGUGUUUCUUAAGGUAUCGCCAUGGAAGAAAGUCCUAAGAUUUGGGAGUAAAGGAAAGUUAAAUUCAAAAUUCAUUGGUCCUUAUGAAGUGGUGGAAAGAAUUGGUCCUGUAGCAUAUCCACUCAAGUUACCCUGCGAACUUGAUCAAAUUCACGAUGUUUUCCAUGUGUCUAUGUUGAGGAAAUAUCGUGCAGACCCAUCCCAUGUAGUGUCAACUAAUGACAUUGAAGUGUAA